AGCGGAACUUAAAAAGUGUUCGAAUCAACGUUUGUUCAAUAGUUAAACAUAACUGGGAAUGUGUUUUAUCGGUUUGAAGAAAUUGUAUGUGACGCUGUGGUAUUGAAAGAACUGGCAAGUGGUCGAGAUGAAGUUGUUGUAUCUCUUUUCCUUGUACAUAAUCAAUAGCAGAAAUGUACAUGGACAAUGCCAAAAUUGUCGGUACAACGACUGCUAUUUUACCGGGCCCCAUGAAUUGGUAUGUACUUGGGGUUGCGCUGAUGGUUUUUUCGGUACACAAUGUUCUAUGCAGUGUUCACCAGGCUGCACUGGUGUGUGUGACAAAAGCUCGGGAAACUGUUUGUGCAAAUCAAAUUAUACUGGUGAUCUUUGCAACAUUUGUAUACCAGGCAAAUAUGAAAGUCGUUGUCACCUAGAUUGUCCAAGCAUAAGAUGCGCUAAUAAUAUAUGUGAAAAAACAAGCGGUAUUUGUUUAGGGUGCGUAAAUGGCUACACUGGAUACUAUUGCAACAGCGAAUGUACUAAUGGAUGCCUCAAUGACAUGUGUAACCAGAAUACUUCAACUUGUUCAUAUGGGUGUAAGGUCGGAUACUAUGGUGAUGAUUGCAAACGGUCUUGUAGCAGUUGGUGUGCGAAUAAGUUCUGUAGCACCCCAUACGGCAUUUGUUCACCAUGUAUGAAUGGCUACACUGGAUACAAUUGCGCUGAUCAAUGCGCUUACGGGUGUUUGAACAAUAUAUGUGGCCAAAACGACAGAAAGUGUACUAACGGAUGUAAAAUCAGAUUUUAUGGAGACAGUUGCGAGUCGCAAUGCCCCCCUAAGUGUCAAAGCUGUUUAUCGGCGGAAAACUGUACAGCAUGUGUUAGUGGAUAUUACGGCUCAAAGUGUGAAAGCCAAUGCCCUGAUACUUGUGAAACUUGCAGCAACAACGGAAAAUGUACGAUAUGUAAAUCGGAUUUCUCUCACCCAAAUUUGGAUUGUCAAUGUUCACAACGUUUUUGCGCCUCUGGCCUCUGCCAGUCGUGUACUAAUUCUACUUACUAUCUGGAUGGAGAGGCAUGUUGCCCGUGUAGCGCAAACUGUCAAGAUUCCGUUUGUAAAACAGCUUUGCAGUGUACACAUGGAUGCGUAGAUGGGUAUUAUGGCGAAGUAUGUGACUUCAAAUGUUCCGAUAGAGACUUUUUCUGCAGUGUUUGUAUUCUGGAAGCAAACCACCUAUUUGCAUGUAAAACGUGUAAAGAAGGGUAUUUUCCUGGCAAAAACGCUUUAUGUACAAAAUGUUCAGAAUCAUGUGUGGAUGAUCCAUGUAAUAACUCAAAUGGAAAUUGUAAACAUGGUUGUAAACAAGGAUUUUGGAGUUCAAAAUGUGACAUUGCCUGCACAAAUAAUUGCUCAGUGUGUGACCAGAACAAUGGACAUUGCUUACAAUGCUCAUCUCCAAGUAUGUAUGGUACUGAUUGCAAUAUGCUUUGCAGUGACACAUGUGUUAAUGCAUCAUGUCUAAUUGAUGGAACUUGCACAAACGGUUGCAUUUAUGAUUACUAUGGACCAUCUUGUGAGAAGCCAUGCCCUACAAAUUGUGGACAUAGUGAUAACAAAACGCGGUGUUCAAAUGCAACAGGUUUAUGUCUUUUUGGGUGCAAUGAAGGGUUUAAAGGAGAAGACUGCAUGGAAGCCCCCAAGUUUGAAAAUAGUAAAGAUACAUUGCCAGUAGCAGCAAUAGGAGGAGGAGUUGCAGCUUGCGUGAUAUCUGCUCUUGUGGUGAUCAUUGUAUUAUUUAUCUACUUUCGUAGAAGACGUCCUGGCCCAAAGAAUGAAACCAUUCCAGUAGCAUCAAACAAUGAAAGCAACGCGUCUGCACCAAUGUAUGCACUUGUCACGCGCAGGGAGCAUCCAGUUUCGGUGUAUGAAAACACGUCAUCUGUAAAAGCAAAUAACACCACAGUUCAAGUGCAGAACCCUGGUUACACAAAAAGACAUCUUGAGCCGGUCUCCCCAAGGGAUGGUACUUCAAUAACAACAGAAGACAGCUUAGAAAUCGAUGAGUGGGACAGUAUCGCUCGCAAUAAUGCGGUCAUAUUUGAAGAAAACGGAGGGGUGUACUACAACAAUAGCGAGAAAGUAAAGACACUGAAAAUAUCAGUUGCAGAACUGUAUAAAUUUGUGAUGUCGAAAAAUAUGGACUACUUCAAGAAAGAGUUUGAGAAACUUCCGUACGGGCUUCUAAAAGAGUACCGGGUUUCGCAAAUGAAGGAAAACAUUGCCAAGAACAGAUACAAAGGCAUUUAUCCUUAUGACGACUGCAGGGUGAAGGUUCGAGGUGGAGACACCGACUAUAUCAACGCUAGUUUCAUUGACGGUUACAAAAGGCGAAACGAAUACAUCGCAACAUUGGGUCCCAUGUCUAAACAACUAGGCAAUUUUGCGACUUUCUGGAGAAUGGCAUGGCAACACAACGUGGAGACAAUCGUUAUGGUCACAAAUCUGGUAGAGGAAGGGAAAGACAAGUGCGAGAAGUACUGGCCCAGUGUUGAUGCCCCUCAGAUGUACGAUGAUAUUCAAGUGUUAUGUCAGAGUGAACACCAAUAUGCCGAAUUUACACGACGAACGUUUACUGUUAUUAAGGAAAGACAAACGCGGACUUUGACUCAGUUACAUUUCACAUCGUGGCCCGAUAAAGAUGUUCCAGAAGAUGUUUCAUCAAUCAUCGAAUUCAGGCAGAAUGUUUUACGUGCUCCGGCGACACUUGAAGGACCCACAAUUGUGCACUGCAGUGCAGGCAUAGGGCGCACAGGUACUUACAUUGCUAUCGAUAUUCUCACAAAAGAGGGAGAAGCAGAAGGAGCUAUAGAUAUUCCUGGCUGUGUAUUGAACAUGCGACAAAACAGGCCCAAUAUGGUACAGACAGCGGGACAGUACGCCUAUCUUCAUCAUGCCGUUGUCCAUUCACUCACAUUUGAAUGUCAGCCAGUUUCCAGUGGAAAGUUCCAAUUGUACAUGGACACGACAUCAAAAGAUAAAAUCAGGAACAUAUUUCACCAAUUACAAGAGACAGCGUCGUGCGGGUCAUCGGAUGAAACCGAAGCAGUUGCAAGAAACGCCAAACGUACUGACAAGAACAGAGAUGGAGCUGAUAUCCCAGGUGACGAGCAUCGACCAAAGUUAUACCUAAACCGGAAACCAGGUUCCACAGAUUAUAUAAAUGCAGUUUUUUGGAACAGUUUCCAAAAAAAGAAUAAUUACAUCCUUGCACAGACACCUUUACCAAACACUGUCAUCGAUUUCCUCGCAUUGCUUGUCCAAACAAACUGUGCGUGCAUUGUAAGUUUGGAAUCGGGAAAUAUGAACGCUGUGGACAUCGGUGUUUACUUACCUGCGGACAAUCACGUGUUGAAGAAUGGAAUCUUCAGCGUCCGUUGUUCGAAGACAGAUGCAAAUGAGUACCGAAAUAAACGGAUGCUGACCGUUGAGCAUCGAGCAAAUCAGGCCAACGAGUCAUUGUCUUUAACGUACCUGGAGUUUACAGACUGGAACACGGAAGAGAGAAUACCAAAUUCUCCUGCUAAUUUCCGCCGAUUAAUUGCAGAAGUUGACGCAGUAACAGCCAAUAGCUCUGAUCGUCCAGUUCUGAUACAUUGUCUGGAUGGUGCCAGUAAAUGCGGCCUAUUCUGUGUGGUUGCCAAUCUACUUCAGAAGAUGGAGAUGGAACAUGAAGUCAGCGUAGCGAACGCUGUGCGGAAGGUUAAGACAAGAAGAAAGGGCGCGAUCCCUAACUUAGAGCAGUUUCAGUUCUGCCAUGACUGUGUCCUUGACUAUACUCAGAGCUUCAACAUCUACUCAAAUAUCGCCGCUGAGCUCUCCGAUUGCUGAGAUCAUGUUGUAUGAAACGACUUGGUCCUUGACUUCAUUCAGAGCUUCAUCAGUUACUCAAAUUCGCCGCUGAGCUCUCCAAUUACUUAGUUCAUGUUGUAUGAAACGACUUGGUCCUUGACUUCAUUCAUUUAACUUUUACUCCAAUUUCCCCGCUGAGCUCUCCGAUUUCGCUGACUUCAGGAAGUCUGCCAUGGACUAGACUACACUCAAAAAUUCUCAAACUACUCCGAAGGCGGAGUUCAAGUUGUCUGUCAUGACUGUGUCCUUUGCUUUAUUCACAGUUGCUUUGACAACUACUCCAAUUUCGCUGCUGCCCUUUCCGAUUGCUGACAAGAUUACAUAAAAAUAACAUCAAAAUUCUCUCAAACCUCGCUGGUUUACCUCCAAGUACUGACUGUACAUUGCUGCCCUCAGGAAAGUGCUACUGAUAGACUACAUAGUGCUUUUCUAAUUAAUGCCGUAACUGAACUCUCCCAUUGAUGACUUGAUUUAAACAGUGAUUUAUCUAUGAUUUGGAACGCCUGUUUUUAUGAAUGAACUCAAAAAAGCUCUUAUUGUAUAGCUGUAAAUCUUAACAGAAUACAUGCUUUAUUAAGUGUUGAAUUGGAUCACAGGUGGUUAGCGUGUGGCUAUGGUAUUUAUUAGUAAAAUUAUCAUUUUG